AUGGCCGGCUCGACAAAGAGAGAAAAGGGAAAGGAGAAAGAUGUCCCAUCCUGCUUCACCGAUACUCACGGAAUUGUCACGACCACAAUGAACGAUCUCCCAGGCUACAAGAUCAAAACAGUUCUAGGAACCAUUUACGGUAUCACCGUUCGGACUCGAAAUUGGGGCGCAGACAUAGGCGCCGUUGUUCGAUCGGCUGUUGGAGGCGAGAUUCGGUUCUUCACCAAUCUCAUGUAUACCUCGAGAGAGGAGGCCAUGGAACGACUGGUCGGCGAGUGCAUGAGUCGCGGGGGCAAUGCAAUCAUCGCUGUCAGAUUUGAUGUCGCUAGUUUUGGGGCUUGUUCGCAGAUUUGUGCAUAUGGAACUGCUUGUCAAGUAGAAAAGAUCGAGGAGUGA